ACCGACCCAAAGCCCACUGGGCAGCCAUCCCAGACCUGUCUGCUGUCCGGGUGCGGCCAUUGCGAUGGUUAGCGCAUUUACGAGAGAUUUCGAAUGAAAUGCAUUUGAGUUUAUUUUCUGUGCGAUUGUUCCGCUGAAAGUGUUGAAUCGGACAGUCCAGUCGGACCAAAUCUCGGACGGCAGUUACGGCUGUCGUUGAAUACUGAAUCGGAACGGGACCGGCCUUGGCACGUUCCCAAUUCAGAACCUUCGGCGACUCCCGAUCGGCUUUACAGACGACAGCAGGGUGCUUCCCGGUUGCGUUCUCCUCGUACUGUGGAGGAUAUGCAAGGAAAGUGUCACGAACCGGCGAACGGCACACAUCCGGGUGGUUCCCCCCACGUCCUCUCCUCCAGUCGCUAAAAUCUACAGAUAAUUUUCGUUGGAUCCUCUCCCCGUUGGGAUCUGAUCACCGUGGGCCGUCUUUAGAAAAUUGAAUUACGUGCUUCGAAAAGUGACGUACUUGCCCUUCCCAACCAACCAUCGUUUACUCGACCCAGCACAACAUUGAUCUCUGCAUCCGUUGUACCAUUGCUCCUUCCGUCAAAGCAUUCAGUCUCCCUGCAAGACACCGCCAAUUGCCUCGGUCUGGUUCCCCGUGAUAUUUUUUACAAAGAGAAAAGCAUCACCAGAAUGAUCUUUGUGGUGGAAUUCUUUUCACUCCUACUCAAACAAAUCCAUCGAGAUCAACUGAAAUAAAUCACCACGGAGCGAUGUCCUCCACAGGAGUCGACCUUAUUGCCAACCCAGGAGACCAUGAUCAGGAGAAAGGGGGCUUAUCAUCUUCUCUCAGCAAUGGUGGCACCGACGAAAAGAAAAGAGGCCCCCCUUCAUCGCCGUCGCUCUCCGGGUCCCAGGUAGAAGAGCAUAGCAUGAGACGCCAGCUCAAGUCUCGUCACAUUCAACUUAUAGGAAUUGGCGGGACAAUCGGCACAGCCCUCUAUGUCCAGAUCGGCCGUGGUCUCCUCCAAGGUGGACCCGCCUCCCUCUUCCUCGCCUUCACCAUUUGGUGCUCCUUCAUCCUUGCCGUGACGCUCUGCAUGGCCGAGAUGGUAACCUACCUUCCCAUUUCCUCGCCAUUCAUCCGACUCGCUGGUCGUUAUGUCGACGAAGCCUUUGGUUUUGCCUGCGGGUGGAAUUUCUUCAUCUUCGAGGCCGCGCUGGUGCCGUUUGAAAUUGUCGCCUGCAAUGUUAUUUUGCAUUAUUGGAAAGGCUCCGAGAUUGUACCCGCUGGAGGAAUCAUCGCCAUUAUCAUCUGCUUGUAUGGGUUGAUCAACGUGCUGGCUGUGCAGUGGUAUGGAGAGGUGGAGUUUUGGGCUGCGCUGGGAAAAGUGCUGCUCAUUAUUGCCCUCUUGAUCUUUACCGUGGUGGUAAUGUGCGGUGGGAACCCGACAGGCGACAGGUUUGGGUUUCGAUACUGGAGCGAUCCAGGCGCCUUUGCCGAGUUGUACCACACAGGAGACUUGGGGAGAUUCCUAGGAUUCCUGCAGUGUUUGAUCCAGGCAUCGUUCACCAUAGCAGGGCCGGAUUAUGUGAGCAUGGCAGCCGGGGAGGCGGAAAACCCGAGAGUGGUGAUGCCCAGGGCUUUCAAUGCCGUGUUUUACCGGCUAACGACAUUCUUUAUGCUCGGAAGUUUGGCGGUUGGUGUUCUCGUGCCAUACACUGACGAGGAGAUGAAGAUAGCAUUCUCGACGGGUGCACCGGGCGCAGCUGCAAGCCCAUAUGUUAUUGCGAUGAACCGGCUGAACAUCAGGGUGCUGCCGGAUAUUGUCAAUGCUAUGGUCCUGACGGCGGCCUUCUCGGCGGGAAACAGCUAUGUCUAUUGCGCUUCAAGGUCUCUUUACGGCAUGGCGCUAGAGGGGAAGGCUCCAAAGAUAUUUACAAAGGUCACAACUAAGGGAGUGCCUCUGUACGCCGUCUUGGUAGUUUUGGGAAUCUCGCUCUUGAGUUUCUUGCAGGUCUCAAACGAUGCCGCAGUGGUGCUUCAGUGGUUUGUGAACUUGGUCACAGCGAGCCAACUGAUCAACUUUGCCUGCAUGUGUGUGACGUACCUGCGGUUCUACUAUGGGAUGAAGGCUCAGGGGUUCAAGAGAGACGACCUGCCGUACAAGGCCAUGUUGCAACCUUAUGCGGCGUGGUAUGCGCUGAUCGGGACGUCCGUCAUGACGUUUGUCGGAGGGUACACGGUUUUCCUGCCCGGAAAGUGGGAUAUGCCAACGUUCUUAUUUUCGUAUACAAUGAUUGCGGUAUGUCCCAUCUUGUAUCUAGGAUACAAGUUUGUCAACAAGACAAAACUGCAUCGCUCAGAUGAGAUAGACUUGGUAAAGAAUGUCGAUGAAAUUGAAGAGUACCAAAGGACAUAUAUUCCCAGCCCUCCAAAGAACGCCUUUGACAGGGUGCUGGAUUGGUUGUUUGGAUAGAGCGAUAUUGAUGACAGAAGAGCAGAGAGCGACAAACCAAGUGAGAGUAAUACUCCAGCAAAGUUAGUGAUAUAUAAGUUUCUCCUGGUUUCACUUUCGAUUCCAACAUUACAUGCUACCAGAAAAACAAAACAAAAACAUUUGAUUCAUGUCCUGGGAUUCCUCAAAAAUCCAACAACGCCGCUGCAGUAC